AUGACGUUCUGCCUCCUCAUUUGUAUCGUGUUGCUCCUCGCGCUCCUACUUGGCCACUCAGAAAAACUACCCCACGAAGGAAGGAAGGAAAGACCACUCAUAGGUAGUGCUACACUCAGGAACAGCUUGAGAAAAAAAAGAGGUGCCUACAAGCACAUAAUGAUGAAUAAAUACACACAAAACAAAUGUUCGAAUAAAAAGCAAACACACAUAAAUGCGACGCUAUUUCUACACGCACGACAUGGAUGGCAAAAGAGCAACUUGCGUUUCUCCAAUCUGUACGUACGUGGGAACACAAACGUAAAACCGAAAACGAACAAGUCAAUUGCGAAGCGCUUUAAACUGACAAAAAAUGGAAAGCUGAUACGAAAAAAAGCGGGCAGGAAUCAUAUGCUCAGGAAAAAAACCUCGUCCAAUAAAGCGUCCCUGCGGAAGACCACCACCAUUGCUUCCAACCGCAUUGCCAGGAAGUACAAGAGCGCCAUUCAUACGUAG